UCUAAUUUGUCAUUUUCAAAGGUUGAUUUUUAUGUGCCUUUAAAAGUUAGUUGGACACAACUUUUUAUUAUUUGAAAAUGGAAGCGACAUAAUAUGCGGUAUGGGUGAUGAGAUCUUUUAAAACUAUUAAAUUGUGCUGAAAAGUCAUGAAAAGGACCUUAAAUCCCUACAAACAUGCAAAUAGUCAGUCAUAUUUUUAAGUAGGGUACUUAUUGAAUUAUUUAUUUAUAAACGAGUAGCCGUGUGUUGCAGUCUGUCAGCUUGACGAAUAUGAGGACCAUAGGUCGUAUUUGAAUAUCCCGCCUCGUCACCGACUCCUCCGAGCUUUGCCGAGGCGGGGAUUCACACAGCUCUCUUCUCCCGUAGAGUUAGUAGUGUGUUGGGAAGCUGCACAGAAGCUCCGGUCACUGAAAGGUAACUUUUAUAAAGCAGCUCUUAUACUGCGAAUGUUUCAUUUUCUCAUACGACGCGCAGCAGUGGAGCGUUAUCAAAGACUGGAGCGUUUUAUUUAGCCCCCCGCCUUUUCCUCUUGGAUGUAUCGCUUGAAGAACUAGGAACGGACCGCGCAGCUCACCGAAGCCGGGAUGAGCGGGACCUCCGCGGGGUCGGCCGCGGUGCCCUGCCGCUUCGCGCACUACUUUGUUAUUUGUGGAAUAGACACAGAAACGGGGCUUGAACCGGACGAGUUAGCAGCUUUGCACCGGUGGCUAGAAGCAGACCGCCAAGGCAGGGAUCCAGAUACUGCAUCUGCAGGUGAAAACUUUGAGCAGAGUCCCCUGAAGAGGACAUUCAAGUCCAAAGUUCUUGCACGUUAUCCAGAAAAUGUGGAGUGGAACCCAUUCGACCAGGAUGCUGUUAACAUGCUCUGUAUGCCCAAAGGUUUGUCAUUCAGGACACAGGCAGACCAGCGCGAGCCUCAGUUCCACUCCUUCAUCAUCACCAAGGAGGAUGGAUCUCGAACAUAUGGUUUCGUUCACACCUUUUAUGAGGAGGUGACCAGCCCACAGAUCUGCUCUGCCAUGCAGACUCUCUACCAGAUGCACAAUGCCGAGCAAACAAAUGCCGCUUCUUCCUCCUCCUCUUCUUCCUCCAGCAUGGACUCACUAGCCAGCAGUUUAGAUGAUGGUUACUCCCCCACCUCAUCAUCCUCAUCAUCUUUAUCUCGUGCAGCGGGGAGCUAUGACUCGUCACGGGACACGCUCUAUGUGUCCAAAGCCUUGUGUCUAAUCACGCCUAUGCCCUUCAUGCACGCCUGCCGGCGCUUCCUUGCACAGAUGCACUCUGCUGUUAUAGCUGCAACCGCACCCCCCUUGCCACUGGAGAGCUACGUUUACAACAUCCUGUACGAGGUGCCGCUGCCUGCUCUGGGGCGUUCACUCAAAUUCCACGGCAUAUACGAACCCAUUGUCUGCCAAAGGCCGGGACCAGGAGAGCUUCCCCUGGCCGACUUCCCCCUGGCAGAGGCCUUUUCUCUGCUAGGCGUGGAAAACCUGGUCCAGGUGUUCACCUGCACCUUGCUGGAGAUGCAGAUUCUGCUGUACUCACAGGACUACCAGCGGUUGAUGACAGUGGCAGAGGGCAUCACCACCCUCCUAUUUCCCUUCCAGUGGCAGCACGUCUAUGUUCCCAUCCUGCCAGCCUCCCUCCUUCAUUUCCUAGAUGCACCUGUUCCCUACCUGAUGGGCCUGCAGUCCAAAGAGGGCACUGACCGCUCCAAACUUGAGCUUCCUCAGGAG